UCAAGUUAUUUAAAAAUAUCCAUUCCAGUUUGCCUUUAUUUCGAAGAUCUACACAUAUUUAGUAGCCACAGCUUUUAAUGCGAAAUGGUUUAUCACACACACACACACACACACACACACACACACACACACACACCCCUUUUGCCUGUUGAUGCAUAUUCCUAUUAUGAUACUACACUCCCUCUGUCUGCCCGCUUGAGGCUUUAAGUAAACCAACCUGUUUGUCAGGCUGUUUCCUACCCGGAAACUGAUCAAAGAGAGAGAGAGUGUGUGCGUGCGUGCGUGUGUGUGUGUGUGUGUGCGUGAGAGGGAGUGAGAGAGCGAGAGAGAGAGAGAGGUCUAGAUCUGAAUGAGCUACUGUCCUGUGCAGCCAUACACGGAACUUUUUUGCAACACUUUGUGAGAUUUAAGACAGAAUCAGAGAAUGAGACCACCACAUGGAUGCCAAAUAUAAAGAGCACAACUGUGAGUAAAUAAUGGGGUAACAGUAAAGCAGGUGAUUGGCACUCUCAGUACUUCUAUGUAGGAAUGUACUGUAUGUUGUCUUCAUAGUAGUUACAAGAAGAAGAAAACUUGACUUGAUGUAGACAUGCGUAGUUUUUCAGAUAGUUGCUUUGGAUCAAAAUACUUUGAGAACUUUCAAGGAUCUUUUAGCAUUACUUUGCUUGUCAGCUUUCCUCCACACCAAGAAUGUUUUUUGCACAGACUUGCCAGGUUAUGACAUGUGUGGAGUUAAGUUAUGCAACAUUGGCAAAAACACUGUGAAAUGUAUAAUUGAAAAAAGAAUUAGCGUGGUAAGACAACUAUUCACUUAUUGUGUAUUGUGUAAUGUACUGCAUUUGUAUGGUCACCAGUGGUUGAGACAGAAACAUAAAAGGUGACUUAAAAGGAAGUGGCUAAAGGCAGUGCAAGAGACUUUUGGGGGGCUACUUGAUGGUAGGAUGAGUAGUAGAUGGCUUCAUCUCAUUACUUUUAUGGUAGGCACUGAAUGACAGGGAACAGUCUUAAAGCUAGUGUGUAACGGAAGUAACUGAUAUCUAGAAGCAUAGAGAUCAUUGCAGUUCUAGACACAUUCUGAAUCUUGACCAGAUGGGGGCUGGCUUUUGCUCCAUGUGCAUCUUCAUUUGUAAAUCAAAUUGGCCAACAAGCUCAUAGAGCAAGACACCACGUCUAUUCCUUUUGGCAAUGGCUGGAAGUUUGAUGGGAUUCGUCCGAAGCCUCGAGACUGAUUCAUCUAGCUCUGAAUCUCAGCCACCAACAUGCGCAGACUAUAAACUCCUUGACAAGGUUCUAAAAAGACUGCAGAAACUGCAUAGGCUGUGCACUGAUCCACGGUUAUGUCUAAAGAAUAGCCCACCUUACCUCCCUGAGCUAGUGAGGGAGACUGUAAACCUCAUGAGGGAUAUAUGGGCUCCUUAUAGAGGCUCAGUCUCAGCCGUGCCACGAGGGGACGAGGGAGAGUACCUGAGGAUCCAUGUCCAACACUUGCUGGAUAAGACAGACAGGGCCAUCCUGCUGUUCAAGGAGGGCAAAGAGAAGAUGUUUGAGGAAAAGUCGAACUACAGGAGAAACUUGACAAAGCUGUCUUUGCUGUUCAGUCAUAUGCUGUGGGAACUACGGGCUAUAUUUCCAGGUGGCCAAUUUCAGGGAGAUACCUAUAACCUGACCAAGACAGAGGCAAAAGAGUUCUGGAGGAAGAUAUUUGGACACAAGUGCAUAGUUAAGUGGAGUUUGUUUAAGCAGCAUUUGAAAAAUGCUCACAAUUUUGAAGAGGGAAUGGAGGCCAUGGCUCUGAAAUCAACAGUUGACCUCACUUGUAAUGAUCACGUUUCUAUCUUUGAGUUUGACAUCUUCACCAGACUGUUUCAGCCAUGGUCAACACUGCUGAGGAACUGGAAUCAUUUAGCAGUGACUCACCCAGGUUACAUGGCCUUUCUCACUUAUGACCAAGUACAAGCCAGACUGGAACACCACAGACAUCGUCCUGGCAGCUACAUCUUUCGUCUCAGCUGCACCAGAAUGGGCCAGUGGGCGAUUGGUUAUGUGACCCACGAUUGCAGUGUUAUACAAACCAUUCCAGAGAAUACACCUCUGUACCAGGCUCUAAUACAAGGCUUCAGACAGGGAGUCUACUUGUACCCAAAUGGACGUGAUGUGAACCCUGAUCUCACUGCUCUGUGUAUGCCAUCUCAGAAGGGUCGCAUUAAAGUCACAGAGGAACAAUAUGAGUUAUACUGUGAAAUGGGCAGCACAUUUCAGCUGUGUAAGAUUUGUACAGAGAGAGAAAAGGACACACGCAUUCAGCCCUGUGGACAUCUGCUUUGCCAGCCCUGUCUCCUCGGCUGGCAGAAGUCAGAUGCACACACCUGCCCUUACUGCCGCUGUGACAUUAAAGGGACAGAGUCCAUCCUUGUGGAGCCAUAUCGGCCCACAAGAGACACCACAGUAGGAAGAAGAGAAGAAGACGAGGAAGAUGAUGAUGACGACGAUGAUGAUGACGACCAUGAAGAUGUGGAACUAGUCAUGAAAAAACUGGCUGCCAUGAAAAGGGCAUCACAAGAGGAGUAUCAGGUUCCUAGUUCCAGUUUAGCACCUCCUCCACUUCCACCAAAGCAGAACAUGUCCUCCCCAUGCCCAUCUCCCAAACCAUACAUCGGUCCUUCCAGGCUGGUUAAAGGUCACAGAAACUCAAGUACCUGUAGCAAUGUGCCACAUACAGAAAACCAUCUAAAUCAGACUGAGGAAACCUCAGACAGACAGCUGCAGCGUGAUGCUGAGCAGAGCCAUACAUCACUCUCCCAGUCAGGUAGAAAAGGUUUAGCCCCAUGGUCAGGGCCUGCACAUUCAGGAAAAAAGAAGAAAGAGAAAAGAAGGGAGGAGGUGGAGGACAGGAGCAAUUUGGAAACAGAUUUGCUAGCACAAAGUCAAAAAAGCUCUCAGAGACAAAGACAGCUCUCAUCUUUGACAUUCCUGGAGGAUUUCAACAUAGACAUGAGUAUAACGAAAAACUGAAAUAUGAUCUCUACACUGUAAAAAAAAAAAAGUUUAUGUAACACAAACCAACCCUGUUAUUUUUAACGCAACAAUUUAUAUGCCCAGACUGUUACAUAAGCAGACUGUACUUGUAUCAGUGUAAGUUUCAUGAAUAAAUACCAUAAUUGUUACAUUAUGCUACAUUACAAUAGAAUGUUGUUGAAUGACCCUUCAUUUUUUUCUUGUCAACAUUAAAAUGGAUUUUAUUUCUAUGAAUCUUAUUUGAAAAUGAAGUUAUUUGAUUAUUUUUAAACGUUAGUGCAAAGUUGCAAC